GGCCAAAAUUGUGAUGAGAAUCAAAUGGGCUCUCGUGAAUAGCACAUUGUAAUGCUACCCUUCUUGGCUCAUGGCCAUCUCAUACCAAUAUUCCUCCCACAUAUCAACUUCACCAUCACCAUUGCCAGCGCCCCCCUCAACUUUCAAUACCUCCAAUCCACCAUUUCCUCCAAUUUGCCCGACAUUCAUCUUCCCGAGGCACCGAUCACAGUUUACCGCCCAACGCCAAGAAUACUAAUCAGAACUUGUCUCUACAUAAUUGGUGACGCUUGAAGUCCCUUCACCGUUUGAUCAAACUCCAACACACCUUUGGCCAAAAUUGUGAAAAGGAUCAAAAUGAGCUCUCAUGAUCAGCAUAUCAUAAUGCUACCAUUCUUGGCACAUGGUCAUCUCAUACCAUUCCUCGCAUUAGCAAGGCAACUCCACCAAACAACUGGCUACACUAUCACCAUUGUCAGCACUCCCCUCAACAUUCAAUACCUCCAAUCCACCAUUUCCUCCGAUUCACCCGACAUCCACCUUGCUGAGCUCCCUUUUUGCAGCACCGACCACGGUUUACCGCCGAAUGCUGAGAAUACUGAGAACUUGUCUUUUCAUAACGUUCCAAUCUUUUGCCAUGCAUCGGUGACGCUCGAAGCUCCUUUCCGCCACCUAGUCCGUGAUAUCAUGGACAAAGAAGGUGGCGGCCGGCCACCUCUUUGUAUAAUAUCCGACAUAUUCUUUGGAUGGGCGGUAAAUGUUGCCAAAAGUGUGGGCAGUGUGAGCAUUACUUUCACCACUUGUGGCGCUUAUGGCACUGCUGCUUACAUAUCUUUCUGGUUGCAUCUCCCGCAUCUUCAUAGAGAUUGCGAAGAGGUCUUCAAGCUUCCAUGGUUUCCUGAUAGCCACCGCUUCCAUCGCUCACAACUAAGUCCAUUAGCAAAAGUUACUGAUGGUACAGAUUUGUGUUCUACAUUUGUGCGGUCACAAAUUUCACUUUCUUUAGGCUCUCAUGGGUGGUUGUGUAACACUGUUGAGGAGAUUGAGCCUUUGGGAAUGGAAAUUCUUAGAAAAUAUCUCAAACUUUCUGUUUGGGCUAUUGGUCCUCUUCUUCCUCCAGCCGCUCUUAAGAAACAGUACUCGUCCUCUUCUUUUGGCUCCAAUAUAUUCAAACAACGUGCCGGUAAAAAACCUGGAAUAUCACCGGAAAAAUGCAUUGAGUGGCUCAAUCUACACGGUCCAAGUUCUGUUCUAUACAUUUCAUUUGGUUCCCAGAACAGUGUCAAUGCCUCACAAAUGAUGGAGUUAGCUCUAGGUUUGGAAGAUAGUGGAAAACCUUUCAUUUGGGUCCUUCGGCCACCUACUAGUUUCAACAUAAAAGGUAAAUUCCGGGACGAAUGGUUGCCAAAAGGGUUUGAAAAGCGAAUGACUGAAAGCAAACAAGGCUUAUUGGUGCACAACUGGGCACCGCAGUUGGAGAUUUUGUCACAUGAAUCGAUAGGAGCGUUCUUAAGCCAUUGCGGAUGGAACUCAACAUUGGAGAGCUUAAGCCAAGGCGUUCCAAUUAUAGGGUUGCCGAUGGGGGCGGAGCAGAUGUACAAUUCGAAGAUGCUGGUGGAGGAGAUGGGUGUGUGUGAGGAGUUGGCAAGGGGAGUGCAGAGUGAUGUUGUGGGGAAGGAGGUGAUCAUGCGGGUGAUAGAAUUGGUCAUGGACAAGAAGAAAGGCAAAGGGAAGGAGAUGCAGAAGAAGGCUGCUAUCAUUGGAGAGCAAAUAAGAGCAGCAGCCAAGGAUCGAGGGGGAGACGGGGAGGGGUCUUCUCUACUUGCAGCAUUGAAUGAUUUUGUAAGAGUUUCAUCGGCUGUUUAGAAAAUAAAAUAAAAAAAAUUUAAAGUAAUAAUUUUGCGAGCCCACGAAAACAAAAGCUUGUUAUAUAUGCUUCAACACCGAACUCGUGGAAUCAAACCAGAAUUAACAUGUCGAGUUUAGUGCAAAAGUGUUCUGAUAUAAUAUGUGUU